CUGCAUGACCCCGCUCUCUUCCCUUCUUCCCUGAACGGCGAAAAGACACCGACCACCCUCUCUCUCUCUCUCUCUCUCUCUCUCUCUCUCUCAUAUAUAAAUCUUUAGCUAGAAGCGGGUGAAGAUUGCGAGCAGGAGAGGAAGGGAAAUGGGGAAGGUAAACGAAGAGGAGGAGGAAAUUGGCAACAAAGCUGGCGCUGGUGGUGGAGGUGGAGAUGGAAGUGGAGUUGGUGGCAGCGGGGGUGGAGGUGGAGGAGGAGGGGGAAUGGGGGUGGUGCGGGUGUUGGUGGUGGACGACUCCCCUGUGGACCGAAAGGUGGUGGAUAUGCUUCUCAAGAGAAGUGGGGGAAUGUUUGAAGUUACUGCUGUUGAUAGUGGAAAGAAAGCAAUGGAUGUUCUUGGCUUGAAUGAAGGGAAGGCUGACUCUCCCAACAGUGAUGACCAAAAGAUUGAUAUUAUCCUUACGGACUAUUGUAUGCCAGAAAUUACUGGCUAUAGACUUCUCAAGGCUGUCAAGGAGAACAGCUGCUCAAGAUCCAUACCAGUAGUCAUGAUGUCAUCUGAAAAUGAUCCCCAGAGAAUCAGCAGGUGUCUAGAUGCCGGAGCUGAAGAUUUCCUCCUAAAGCCUCUACAAGUAAAAGAUGUGCAGAGGUUGAGAAACUAUGCUAGGCCAACAGCACCAACACCUGGCCCAGGCACCAAGAGGAAGCUGCCCGUAGAUUUGAUAGCCGAGAACUGUGGUUCGGAGCGGCGUCCACGCCUUGCUGGAGUUGCAGUAGCAUGAUCAUAUACUUAAUUCCACAAUGUUUUUUAACACAAAGUCUUGGUAAUGAGCUUCAAGGAGGUCUUUUUCUCAUCUUGUGAUAUGGAUAUACUGGCGAUCAGAACUAUCUUAUUUUUAUUUUCUUAUUCUUUUACCUAGUGCGUAUGGGCAUUGUUGCUGGACUUAUGAGAAUGGGCACCAGAGAUUUAUGUUCCUUG